CCACUGGAGAUGACCACCCAACGUCCUGGUACGUCAGUGGUCUCUUGGUCUGGGGUUGCGACGCGAGAAUGUGUCGGACCAACCGGCCCAGUCCACUUGUGUCACGGAACCCGGUGAUGUCAAGUGCUGUGAUUCGUGGCAUGAUGUAUGGGUUGGGUGGAGAGACAGGAGUGCACAGGAGUGCACAGCCCACUCGUGACCUGCGUUUCCCCGCACGAGGCUAUUGUAUAUACAGUCUGCAUACGCCGCGCUUGGUAUGUCUCACCGGACAGCGGAACACCAUACACGUUGCAAGCCAUCAAUCAAACACGUGCUCGUGGCGCCAUCUCCAUGGAAGAUGUUGCUGCAGCACAGAUGACAUCCACCCCUGGUGCCAGUGUCGUCCCAAGGCUCGGAAAGGUAGCAAAAUGGUACCUGCCUACUAUGGCCGCUGUAGCUGCUGGCUUUGGCGUGACCAAUGCACUUAAUGAGGCCAACCGCAAGGUUCACUCUGCACUUGAACUCACCCAGGAACAAAAGAACCAGAUGCUCAUGGACUCUUACGGCGAGCGCUCAAGUUUGGAAGACAUGGAGAGGGCCAUUGCUGGAAUGGAGGCUAAGAUGACUGCCAAGAAGGACAGGAGAAGGAUUCUCGAAGAGGCCUACGGCGACAAGGCCAGCCUUGAGGACCUCCAGAGGGCCAUGGAGCUCUACGAGGUGCAGUGAGUGAAGCAAGAGGAAGUGCUCCAUAAGAAGAGCAGAGUACCAGCUUCGCGCCUUAGAGCGCAUGCAGAUUGAGAAGAAGAGGAGGAAUAUCCCGCACGCAGAACGCUGCGGCGUCGCACCGUCAGGCCACGAGCAGACACAGACUCCA